AGGUUAAACCUCUUUUAGGUUUGAGAUGGUCUAGGGCGCGGCGGCCGCUAUGGCAGAUCUGAGCGAUGUCGCGGCCACCGAUCUCUUCUCGGAGCUCCUCCGCCGCCUCAAAUGCAUGCCUAAAUCGCAGAAGCGCCUCAUUCUUGUUGGUAAUCUCCCUUCUCUUUCAUGUUCCUUGGAGAAAUCCUCGCAGUGAGCUCUUGCUUUCUCAGGGCCGCCGGGAUGUGGCAAGGGCACACAAUCUCCCAUCCUCAAGGAGCAGCAUUGCUUGUGUCACCUGGCCACUGGCGAUAUGCUCCGGGCCGCCGUGGCUGCACAGACGCCCUUGGGCUUGAUGGCCAAGCAGACAAUGGAAAAGGUUAAAUGGCCGCCACUCUUUGUGAACUAAAGGAUGGGUCAACUUGUCUCGGAUGAUCUCGUGAUUGGUAUCAUUGACGAGGCUAUACAAAAGCCUUCGUGCAAGAAAGGCUUCAUACUGGAUGGUUUUCCGCGGACUGUAGCUCAAGCUGAGAAGUUGGACGCAAUGCUGUCCAAGCAAGGCGUCAAAGUGGAUAAAGUCCUGAACUUUGAGAUACCUGACAGUGUUCUCGAGGAGAGAAUCACUGGCCGCUGGGUUCAUCCGCCGAGUGGGCGAUCUUACCAUACCAAGUUCGCACCACCAAAGGUUCCUGGUCGGGAUGAUGUAACGGGUGAGCCUUUGAUUCAAAGGAAGGAUGACACGGCUGAGGUUUUGAAGAGCAGGCUGGACGGGUUUCACAAGCAAACCAAGCCUGUGAUUGAUUAUUACACAACGAAAGGUGUUGUUGUGCGAUUGCAAGCUGAAAAACCACCGCAAGAGGUCACUGUAGCCAUCUCGAAGACCUUAUAAGAAUGUAAAACAUAUAUAUUGCUCACUCACAUAUUUAAGUUAAAAUUUUACAGUUUUAUUGUCA